AUUUCCUUAAAGUGACACAUGUCACUGUAAUGUAACAACUUGUCAUCGUUAACCUGUCACAGUAAGAGACUAAUCCAAGUCAAAAUCAUUGCAAAAAUCAUGGAAAAACCUGCUCCAAGUGGUACCGGAAAACGUUCAGCCAGGGGACAAGCCCAGCAACCGACCAUCAAAGGUUGCUCUUGCAAGCGUUCGCAAUGCAUCAAAAACUAUUGCGAUUGCUACCAGUCCAUGGCGGUUUGCUCCAAACAUUGUCGCUGUAUUGGUUGCCGCAACACACAGGAGCGUAAGAAUGUAGCUCCACCACCAAAAGCCACGGCUGCAAAACGCGAUCGAGGCGCCGCUUUGACUGCAAAGGCUGCAGCUGCUGCUGCCAAGGUCGCUAAGGCAGCCACAAGCCAGCCCGUGAAAGUGAGUGGCAAAUCUGUUAUCACAAGGGUGGUGUCACAACCAGCACCAUUACCACGGAAAUAUACUUCCGCAACUGCUUUGGUGCCAAGCAAAGCAAUCGAACAAUCAUUAAUUAAAGCCCAGCAAGAACCCAAGGUUGGUGUCAUUGAAGAAAAUUCCUCGGGUGGUACUCUUAAAGCCAAUGCUUCGCCUGGAGAAGCUAAGGCUACUACCACUGGAGAGCCAGUGACUGUUAAAAAAGAACCGAAGGAACCGAAGAUAAAGGAACCAGCUGGGUCAAAAAUCUUUUUUCGACCGAUCAAUGCUGCUCUAUUUGACCUCAUGUACGUACAGGCCAUAGAAGGCGAGCAAAUGGGUCUCAAUGAGGUGCAUAUUGGUCAUCUGGUGUUCCAUGAGUUAACGCGAGCCAUCAAUACGAUUUUGGCCGACCGUUGUUUGGAAUAAAACUAAAAAUAUAGAGUCCAUAACGAAA